AUGCCUUCCUCAGUUCAGCUCCAGAGAAUCAACUCCCCUAACCCAAUAACAACCGCGGCGGCCGCGGCCAUCAGCCACAAACAGUCCCAAGCCGUCACCCGCCUGCAGGUCCUUCCUCUUUCCCCACGCGCCGUCAACAUACCGGACUCCGUGGCCGUCCACCACGCGUACUCGGCCAUGGCCUUGCCGAACCAGUGCUGCUCCGUGGUGGUGCAGAACAUUGACGCCCCCGUCCCUUCCGUGUGGUCCGUCGUGCGCCGCUUCGACAACCCACAAGCCUACAAGCACUUCCUCAAGAGCUGCCACGUCAUCGGCGGAGACCCCGCCAAGGUCGGCACGCUCCGGGAGGUGCUCGUGGUGUCGGGCCUCCCCGCGGCCUCCAGCACCGAGAGACUCGAGAUUCUGGACGACGAGCGUCACGUGCUCAGCUUCAGCGUCGUCGGCGGGGACCACCGCCUGAGGAACUACCGCUCCGUCACGACACUACACGCUUCUUCGAACGGCACCGGAACCGUAGUCGUGGAGUCGUACGUCGUCGACGUGCCGGCGGGGAACACGAAAGAGGAGACCUGCGUGUUUGCGGACACCAUCGUACGUUGUAACUUGCAGUCGUUGGCUCAGAUCGCCGAGAGUAUGAGCAAAGCUCCAGAAUAA